AUGUCAAACUCCACAGAAGCACAGACGAUCAAGUCGCCCACAUCGCCCAGCCGCCGUCCAGAGGUGUGCGGACCUCACGCUCCCGAAAGGCCCUACCCUAUCUACCUCCGUGGUCUGGUCGAAAAAGGGUUCGGCCGCGGCUCCAAAGAUCUCGGCUGCCCUACAGCAAACCUGCCCUCCAAGGUUGUCGGUCCCGGCUCUUCCCUCACACGCACCGGUGUCUACUUUGGCUUUGCCCGCGUCUUGCCUCAGGACCCUGAUGACCCCACUCUCACCGACUCGGAAGACACAGACGCGCUCUCACCCGCCCAAGAUGCCCGUGGCGCUGACUACAUCGAUGACGAAGACAAUGAAGUCGUUCUUGGCGCCAGUCCCGUUGGCGAGGUCGGCGAAGGCUUUCCCGAUGGCCCUCUCUCACAACCUCGCGGGAGUAGCCGCAGUCUGACCGGCUCAUCCACAGCUUUCGACCCAACUGCGAAAAGGCAGGACAAGGAGGAUGAAGUCAGUCGCUCCGAGCUCAGAAACGGUCCGACCUCCUCGCAUACCGCUACAUCUUCGUCGUCCUCUUCCUCAAGCUUGACGACUGGGCGUAGGAAAAAGACAAAGCGCAUUCACCUCGAACCUGAAGAUUCCCAGGUGUAUCCUAUGGUCAUGAGCGUCGGUUGGAAUCCUUUCUACAAGAACACACACAAGACUGCUGAGGUACACAUCCUACACAAAUUCGCGUCCGACUUCUACGGCCUCGAGAUCCGUGUUGUCGUGCUCGGCUAUGUUCGACCCGAGUACAACUACGAUUCGAUGGACGCACUGAUCGAAGAUAUCGAGAUGGACAAAAAGGUGACGGUCAACUCGCUCGCCCGCCCACUGUAUCAGGAUUACUCGCGGGAUCCCUUCCUUGGACGCUAG